AUGAAUUGCCUGUCAUUUGCAAUUUUAUCGCCACUCGAUGAAUCGCUUGAGUAUCAGCGUUCUUUAAAAGAACUCAUGAAAAAUCGUUCUCACCCUCGACAUCCUGUUGACAAGCGUUUUACUCCUUUCUGGGCAGCCCAAGUUGAUGGUGGUGAGUCUGCAGCAAAGGAACUAGCGUCUAAAUAUGGAUUCAUUUAUCUUGGAGAAAUUAUGCCUGGAGUAUACUACUUUAAACACCGACGAGUUGCAAAGCGGUCUUUGCAUCAAAAUCUUUAUCACCAGAAUCAACUUCGCUUUGAUCCUCAUGUCCGAUGGGCAGAACAACAAGUAGCCAAGGUCAGAGUAAAACGGGACGUCUAUCUCCAGCCUCCCCCAAAUGAUCCAAGUUGGCCUCGAAUGUGGUACCUGGUGAGUUCUCUUUAA